AUGAGACGCAGGCUGCUUCCUCUCCUGGUGGUGCUCAGUCUGUUUGUGGCUGAUGCCCUGGGUGCCUGUGCGGAGGUGGACUCUAUGACUGAGGCCGUGGCUGGAGAGAACUUCUACCUGGGCUGCAUCUCCUGUAAGCGCCGAGAGGAGGUUUCGGCCCGGACCACUGUGGACUGGCACUUCAGGCCCCAAGGAGAGCCGGAGUUCAGGCACAUCUUCCACUACGAACACCCGACCGCCGACGUCCUCCAUGAAGACUUCAGCGGGCGCCUGGAGUGGCAGGGCACCAACCACGAGGACAUCCAGAUCGGAGCCGUGACCCUGAGAAACGUCACCUUCAACGACACCGGGGCGUACCUGUGCACGUUCCACCGCACGCUCCUGCUCCAAGUGAGGAACGAGAAGGUCACCGUGAAGAAGGUGGUGGAGCUGAGCGUGGUGGCUGUAGCCAAUCGGGAGCUGACGGCGGUGAUCGCGGAGAUCAUGAUGUUCGUGUUGAUCGUGGUGCUGCAGCUGUGGCUCAUCGUGGUGCUGGCGUACUGCUACAAGAAGAUCUCCGCAGACCACGAGAGACGAGAGGCCAAGAAGGCACUCAAGGCCCAGGAGCAGGCGCUCCUGGAAUCCAAAGACGACUGUGACGUGCACCUGGAGUAA